AAAAGAAGUAAAAGAAAGAAAAGUGAAGAGCAGAAAGGCAGCAAAAUGGCUGCGAUAUCCUCGACAGUCACCAUAUGCAGUUGCCGUAAAACCUGGUUUUUUCACAAUCCAAACACAUUCCCAAAGCAAUCCAUUUUCUUGGCAACGAAUAGACGUAGCUUUUCUGUGAGCAACUCGGUGGAUGCAAAUGCAUCAUCCGCUCAGACUGAAUCCGCAGAUGUGGAAUCUCAGAGCCCAAUUGAAACUCCUCAAGGAACCCCGUCUUUGAUUUCUGCUCUCAAUGUCGAACGCGCUUUACGUGGCAUAGCAAUAACAGAUGUAGAUCAUUAUGGUAGACUUGGGCUUCUGAGAGGAUGCUCCUAUGAUCAGAUUGCAGAUGCUUAUAGGAAAAACAUUGAGGAGGUAAUGAAUCGAGGAUUGGAGGAAGAAGAGGUCCAAAAGGAAAUGGAACUUUUGAAUGAAUCACAUUCGAUUUUGUCAUCGGUUGAGGAAAGAAGAAUGUAUGAUUGGAGCCUGGCCCGGAGCGAAGCGCCUGAUAGAUAUGUUUGGCCCUUCGAGAUAGACAUCACUCAAACUCCUACUCAACCUCCUCCCCCCCAGGUGCAACAUCCCUCAUGACUGCUUAUUCCAGUGAUCUUCUAUCUUCUUCCUCUUACCCCGAUCCUCGGCGGGUGAUGUUUGGGGAGGGUCCUCUCCAUGCUGUUGUCUCUUAUUGGUUUCCCCAACAUUUCUACUCCUUUCAAAUCUUUAAUACUCAUACAUCCAAUAAAGGGGACGUCAUGCGGCAUUGAGUGGUGGAAAAGUAUGGAACAAGUGACCUGACAGGUUGCAAGACUUGGCAUAGGUGACGCUGAUAGGUACCAGUAGGACACUGUAUAAUGAAAUCAGUUAAACCUACCCUAACUAAAAGCCCUAAAGUCUGGUUUUAAAGGUCUGAUUAUUAACACUUGAUACUCACCACCAGACCAUCACUUUCGACAUUACGUAGAUGCCAUAACCAUGCAAGUACUAUGGACGAUACAACUAUUACAAUAAGAGGUUAAUACAUUAACUUGCUCUUGUCUUGUAAUAUUAUGAAACCGGACUAUAUAAAGAUAACCAAAUAAAAGGUUGCAAAAAACAUUCUCUCGAACUCUCUUAAGCUUGUAUUUUCUUUUCUUUUCACUAAUUUGAGUAAGUGUACUCCUUGGAGUAAAACUUGGAUGUCACUGUUUUUUCAUCCUAACAGGGUUAGGAGACGUGAGGCUAUUCCAACCUAGGCCUAGAACUUGUUAGACCUAAUGUUAGUUAAACUUAGACAAAGACUCAAGGGACCAACAUACAACUUCUAUCAUGCUUGGUCACAUUUUUUAGCCUUCAAACUUUUUUGAUAUUAACAGUUGACACCAUAUGUGGAACGAAGGAGUAACCUUGAUGACUAGCAAAAAUGCAGUACAAAGAUAAAAAGAGAUCCCGAAAUACCAUGGUGAAAAAUUUGCUUCGCCCACAGUUUUAUUUCUUGGAAAGAGUAGGAUGAUUUUGCUGGGUAGUGGAAGAAAGAAACUACAAUAUUGAAGCUUUAGAAUGUCCUGACAAAUUUAAGGAGGCAGCUGUAAUCCUUCAUUAAGCGUUGUGUUAAGUACUGCACGUAUGUGUGCCUACACAUAUAUGUAUAUAUGUGAAUUUAUCAUAAUUUUGCCUUUGAUAUAUAAAAACAUUAUUUUACUAUCAAAACUAA